GUCCUCUGUGGGCGGUGCGGCGCUGUACGAGUGACGGUUGGUCAUGGCGUCUCGUCGGGCUCUGCACUUCGUGUUCAAAGUGGGAAACCGCUUCCAGACGACGUGUUUCUAUCGUGAUGUCCUGGGAAUGAAGAUUCUUCGGCAUGAGGAAUUUGAGGAAGGCUGCAGAGCUGCCUGUAAUGGGCCUUAUGAUGGAAAAUGGAGUAAAACAAUGGUGGGAUUUGGACCUGAGGAUGAUCAUUUUGUUGUAGAACUGACUUACAAUUACGGCAUUGGCAACUACAAGCUUGGCAAUGACUUCGUGGGUAUCACGCUCGCUUCUAGCCAGGCUGUCAGCAAUGCCAGGAAGCUGGAGUGGCCACUCAGUGAAGUGGCAGAAGGUGUUUUUGAAACCAAAGCCCCAGGAGGAUAUAAGUUCUAUUUGCAGAACCGCAGUCCACCUCAGUCAGGUCCUGUAUUAAAAGUGACUCUAGCAGUGUCUGAUCUUCAGAAGUCCUUGAACUACUGGUCUAAUCUACUGGGAAUGAAAAUUUAUGAAAAAGAUGAAAAGAAGCAGAGGGCUUUGCUGGGCUAUGCUGAUAACCAGUGUAAGCUGGAGCUACAGGGCAUCCAAGGGGCAGUUGAUCAUGCAACAGCUUUUGGACGAAUUGCCUUUUCUUGCCCCCAGAAAGAGUUGUCAGACUUAGAAGAUUUGAUGAAAAGGGAGAACCAGAAGAUUCUGACUCCCCUGGUGAGUCUGGACACUCCAGGGAAAGCAACAGUGCAAGUUAUCAUUUUGGCCGACCCUGAUGGACAUGAAAUUUGCUUUGUGGGGGAUGAAGCAUUUCGAGAACUCUCUAAGAUGGAUCCAGAGGGAAGCAAAUUAUUGGAUGACGCAAUGGCAAAAGAUAAAAGUGAUGAAUGGUUUGCUGCACAAAAUAAACCAAAGGCUUCAGGUUAACCGAAGACAUCACGUGGAACAAGCAUUAGUGAUUCCUGUCGAACACCUGUGAGGUCUGAUGUGUGCAUUGUGUGACAGGUGUUCUCACAACUUGGUUUCCUCUGAUAUAGUUUAGAGAGAAAAUCCUAUCAUCCGUCCAUUUAGGGGAGAACGCUUGCUGUCAUCUAUGCCAUCCCUGGAAGGGUACAUUUUUGGUGUAAGUGUAUUAGAUUAGUAAUAAAUUCUUCUGCAGCCUGGGACAGCUGUAUUGAACAGGACCUUUGGUUGGGAAUGGAGGGAAUUUUGAUAAGUAUGUAGAUUUAAUGAGAACAAAUAAACCCAAAUCAAUUGCUUACAGCAGGAGUACUUCCAGUACCUGGUGACAGUAUGCUGUUCUAAUAUCUUACUCUGGCAGGCCUUGACCGAUAAAAACUUUUAAAGAAAUUUUGUGCCUUGAACCAAAAGCCUUGGUUAACGUUCCCACAUUCUUUGCUUUAAAUUUUUGAGUAGCCAGAGAAAACAGACAAAAGGAUCUAUGUGUUAUGUUGCUACACGCCUGGCUUUGUACUAGUUUCUCUCUCUCCCUCUCUCUCUCUCUAUAUAUUUUUUCCUUUUAAUCCUCGUAAGAAGAGACCACGUUAGAUUUCUUAGUGAUGGAUUCGAUGAUUUCCUCAGCAUGAAAAACUUUUUAAAAAAUAUUUUCUUGUCUUCUAUCUGACUCUGCAGAACAAAUCAAUUUUAAUCACUGGAAAUAGAAUUAAGUUGGGCAUAGUUAUUAUGAAAUGUUUUUUGAAAUUAUGCUUCUGAAAUCAAGCUGUUACAACCAACCUGUAAGACUCAUUAAAGUGGUUGCCAGGUUCACACUAUAGGGAAGAAACUGAUGAGAUUGGAAAGGAUUGACUCAGAAGAUACCAGUUCCUGUACAAUAUACAUGAAAUUACUUGUAAAUCAUAGCCACUGCUGUUCUCCCUUGCUGGCAGGGUAGGGUAUGGAAAUUUCAGAGUGAGUUUCAGCUCACCUUCUGAUAGGGCUAUCUUACCUUCACUGAGAGGAAGAAAUUAUUUCCCAGCUCCACAGCACUUUUCAUUCCACUUAAAUUCUCUAUCUUAGGGAAGCGAUUGUGAGUUUCAAAGCAAAUCAAGCUAUGUUCCUCCUGUCGACAGUUGGUUCACUAUUUUUUUCUGUGCAUGGGGAAAUUAUUAUAUGAAUUUUGAAUAAUCAAGUAAAUGCCUCUGUCUUCUUUA